AAAAAGAAAAAGCAAAAUUGUGUCUAAAAAUAGAAACAGGAAAAUAUUAAAAAAAAAAGAAAAAGAAAAAGUGGAGGAGUUUGGAUUGGAGGCAUAAUUCUCCAUGGAUGUGGAUGUGGAUGUGGAUGUGGGUGAAAGUGUAGCUGUGCAUGUGAGGAGUGAGAGACUCUUUUGAAGUUGCUCCCACGUUUGCGUGGUACCAUAUCAUCACCAUUAGCCAUGUUCCGCGAAGGAAGCUAACUUUUACAGACAAACACUCCAAAUUCUUCUUCUUUCACUAUCUUGGAUUCUCUACACAUUACAAUUCAUUCAUUCCUUUCUGGGUGGGUGAGAAUUUUUGUUAGUUUUUUCAGUUUUGAGUUUUUGGGGUUUCCCAUUUGGUGAUUUUUUUAGGUUUGCAUUGUAAUGCAUUACAUAUACAUAUUACCAUCUGAAUUUGCGUCAACAUUACAUUACAUUACAUACAGUUUCAAGUGAGUGGUUGUCAAUUCUGGUGAUCAGGUCGUAGAUAAAGUUGGCAUAUUCUGGGUUCCAUUUCUCUGAUAUUUUCUUCUUUUUGGGUUCAAUUUCAUCCACUCUUGCUUUAUUCCCAGGUGGGUUUUGUGAAUUGGGUCUUGGGUUUUGAGGAUCUGAGGGAUUUUCAUUUUUGGUCAAGAGAAUUUCUUGGUCUUUGCCGUGAAGAAGAUUAGUUUGAUUUUUAGGGUUGCCAUUUUUGUAGUGGUGGUUUUAUGGUAGUGGUAGUAGUAGUAGUAGACUCAAAUAGUAGUGGAUUUUUAGUGGAAGACUCAAAAAGUAGAAAGAAAUGGCUUCAACAUCACCAUCUCCAAACUCUUCGCCGCCUUCUGCGGCGGUUCCACCAGCUUCCACUUCUUCACCGGUGACUCCAUCAACGACGUCUCCGCCUCCUUCUUCUUCAUCUCAGCCCGAUCAGACUUCAGAUACCCCUACAACUCCGAAUGCUCCUACUACCUCGGCAACGCCGCCUCCUCAAUCUCCUCCGGCGGUUCCCGCAGCUCCUCCUCCGUCACUGCCACAGUCACCACCACCGGAUUCGCCACCGCCAUCCUCCCCUGCUGCACCGCCACCUUCAACUCCGGCUUCGCCUCCCCCUUCACCUCCUGUGUCAACGGCGCCUCCACCUGCUACACCGGCAUCGCCACCGCCUUCACCCCCUACUACUACUGCUCCUCCUCCAGCUGUUGCUUCACCGCCACCUCCAAUUGAUUCAUCGCUGCCUCCUCCAUCCACUGAUUCUCCUCCUCCAGAAGAUCCCCCAAGCCCUCCGGCUCCGACUACGCCUACUCGCCCAGCUGUUUCACCUUCCCCACCUCCUCCAGCAACUGUCCCGGAUCCUCCUUCAUCAGAUUCUCCUCCUCCGCCAGCUGCCAAGUCACCGGAGAAGUCUCCUCCGUCCCCUGAUGUUCCUUCUAAAUCUCCUCCUCCUACCCCAGAGACCACAUUGUCACCACCUCCUCCUUCAGCUCCUUCGGUUCCUUCAUCCUCUUCACCCUCCCCAACAUCUCAUCCUGCUCUGCCUAAUAGCACUGCCCCGACAUUGCCUGUUCUCCCAACACAAAAGCCUACUGCCAAACCAACUGAUGGUAAUGUAACUGCAAAUGCUACGUCUAGUGAUGGAGGGCUUAAAACUGGAGGAGCUGUUGCUGUUGGUGUUAUAGUUGGGUUUGUGGUGCUCAGUUUCGUUGUCAUGGCUGUGUGGUUUGUAAGGAAGAAGAAGAAGAGAGAAAGAAUAAAUGUUGGUUAUGCCACACCUUCUCCAUUUGCCUCCUCCCAAAAUUCAGAUUCAUUAUUUCUAAGGCCGCAUUCUCCAGCUCCCCUUAUGGGAACCAACUCUAAUAGUGAGUAUAUGUAUGCGCCUUCAGAAGGGGGGGUAAAUAAUUCAAAAUCGUUUUUCUUAUACGAGGAAUUACUUCAGGCCACAAAUGGCUUUUCAGCAAAGAAUCUUUUAGGCGAAGGUGGAUUUGGUUGUGUCUACAAAGGUGUCUUGGUGGAUGGAAGAGAAGUUGCUGUGAAACAACUGAAGAUUGGUGGUGGACAAGGGGAGCGUGAGUUCAGAGCAGAAGUUGAAAUUAUUAGCAGAGUACAUCAUCGCCAUUUGGUUUCUCUUGUAGGUUAUUGUAUAUCUGAUCAUCAAAGGCUGCUAGUCUAUGAUUAUGUUCCAAACGAUACCCUUCAUUAUAAUCUUCAUGGUGAAGGCAGGCCUGUUAUGUCUUGGGAAAUGAGAGUCAAGGUUGCAGCUGGUGCUGCUCGAGGAAUUGCUUACUUACAUGAAGACUGCCAUCCUCGCAUUAUUCACAGAGAUAUCAAGUCAUCAAACAUCCUUCUGGAUAACAAUUAUGAAGCUCAGGUUGCAGAUUUUGGGCUUGCAAAGUUAGCACUGGAUUCAAAUACACAUGUAACAACACGAGUAAUGGGAACCUUUGGAUAUAUGGCUCCAGAGUAUGCCACAAGUGGCAAAUUGACUGAAAAGUCAGAUGUUUAUUCUUUUGGUGUUGUACUUUUAGAGCUAAUCACCGGCCGCAAACCUGUGGAUGGGUCUCAGCCAUUAGGCGAUGAGAGCUUAGUAGAAUGGGCCCGACCACUGCUUACCCAAGCACUUGAUACCAAUAACUUUGAGGAGCUGGUAGAUUCGAGACUGGAACAAAAUUACAAGGACAUUGAGUUGUUUCGCAUGAUUGAGGCAGCUGCUGCUUGUGUACGUCAUUCUGCUACAAAAAGACCACGAAUGGGACAGGUGGUGAGAGCCUUAGAUUCAAUGGAUGACAUCUCGGACCUCAACAAUGGAGUUAAACCAGGCCAAAGUGAAGUUUAUGAUUCAGCGCAACAGUCUGCGCAAAUUCGAAUGUUUCAGAGGAUGGCAUUUGGCAGUCAAGAUUACAGUACUGAUUUCUUUGAUCGAAGUCAUAGCAGCUGGGGGAGUAGAGAGCACAGAGACCGCUCGCGGACUCAGUCUCAGAGUAGCUUUGGUAGUAGAGAAAACAGAGACCAAACUCAGAGAAGCUGGGCGGGUAGAGAGCAUGAUAAUGGGAGUCGAAGUACAACAAUAGACAUGAACAGAUCUGGGGUAUGGAACCACUGACACUAGUUCAAGGCUUUUCUGCACUGAACUGGACAGAAACCAACUUGGUUGAGUUGGGUAUCCCAGCACAGGUUCUGGUCUUUAUUAAGAUUUUGGAACUGGGAUAGAAUACAGUUCCAUGUCUACUGUGUAAAUCUUAUGCAAGUCGUCUCUAGCUUUUUUUUUAGCUAACAUGAUUUUUUUUUGUUUGCAAGGAUGCCUAUUUUGUAUUCUUUUUGUAAUUUUUGGUUCAUAGUUACAUCAAUUCUUUGUAUUUAUAAUUAUUCAUUUAAAUGCAAUAUUUUGUAUUAUUUACACCCUUAAGUGAAAUGUAAAAGUAGUAUAAAAUCAGAAGCGUUUUUUAUUA